GAAAACCCUCUCGAGUUUCUGGAGCAGGAGGCGGGCCCGCGCAGGAAGGAAUGCGCUGGAAGUUUUCCUUUACUUUCCUAAUGCUGAAGUGACCCGCGCGUGAAUAUGGACACCUGGUUGGUAGUAUUUUUGCUGGUGGCUGUCCAGCGCUACACCUCAGCGUACGAAGGGUCAGGAUACUAUCCGUAUGCCGACGAUGAGGACUCCUACUCUGGUAGAUACAGAGGGACCCCCUGGUGCGCCCCCAUCAAGGUGAAGCAUGGCGACGUGAGCUGUCGGGCCCCCCGCGGGGAGCACUACAGGAAUGUGAUGGGGACGCGCUGUAAGAUCCGCUGCAAGAGGGGCUACGAGAUGCAGGGCCACAACGAGGUGCUGUGCAUGGCCAGCAAACACUGGUCUGCCAACUACGCCUGCAGGGAGGUCCGGUGCCCCAAGCUGAACAUGCCCUCUAACGGAGGCUACAAGUGCUCCGACGGCUCCUACUUCAACUCCCGCUGUGAGUUCUUCUGUUCCCCCGGAUACACUCUGAAGGGCCAGAAGACUUUGACCUGCCAGCACAACAAGAUCUGGACUGCAGGAGAGAGCACCUGUGUGGAUGUCGACGCUCCGGUGAUUAAGUGUCCGACUCUAAAGGAUAAGUGGGCGGAGCCAGGGAAGCUGACCGCCAGAGUGACGUGGGACACGCCGGAGGGAAAGGACACGGCCGAUGGCAUCCUCACAGAUGUGGAGCUAAAAGGGAAGCCUCCCAGCACACACUUCCCAGAGGGGCUCCACAAGAUGUCCUAUACCGUCUACGACCGCGCCGGGAACAAAGCCUCCUGUCGCUUCUCCGUCAGAGUCCGAGUUCGUCGCUGCGGCCCUUUGACCCCACCAGAGAACAUCUAUAUGAAAUGCGACAGCGACGGGGACAACUAUGGAGCCACCUGCGAGUUCAAGUGCACCGGCGGAUACGAACUACAGGGCAGCGCUGCACGGGUCUGCCAGUCCGGACUCACCUGGUCGGGCACUGAAACCAGCUGUGCACCUAUGAACGUCAACGUGGGUGUUCGUUCCGCCGCGGCCCUGCUGGACCAGUUCUACGAGAAACGACGUCUGCUCAUCAUCUCCGCCCCCACAGCUGCCAAUCACUACUACCGCUUCCAGAUGACCAACCUGCAGCAUGCACAGUGUGGGCUGGACCUCCGGCAUCUGACGGUAAUUGAGCUGGUGGGGAUCUACCCAGCACAGAUUGGACGUAUGCGACACAGGCUUAUCCCUCCAGGGCUGGCCCUGCAACUCAGGUUGCAGCUCCAGAUUCCCCACAGUACCUUCACCUUGGUGCUGAUAGACAAGCAGGGAACAGACAGGCAUCGCUACACGUACCCCAUCACCUCGGCCGAGAUCUUCACCACGGUGGACACCUUCCCUCUCCGCAAGGAAGAGAUGCUACAGCAACAGGAGGCGGGGCAUACCUGCCAGUGACCACACCCACCAUCACCAACCACACUGUGCACACUGCAGACCACCCACACACACACACACACACACACACACUCACAAACACACUCACAAACACACACUCACAUCUCAUUCUCAUGGACAACAUCCGGACGUCCUCAGAAGAAUGGGUUGCUCAGUGCAGUCAUAUUGAUUCUUGUUUGUAUCAGUGUGUUUGUCUGUAAUGCAUUUUUCUAUCCGUUUUUUUUUUUAACUCUUCAUUGUCUUUGCUUUAGUUAUGAAACUGGAUAAAUCCUUCAGCUGUUUUUAUAUUUAUGUUAUAAAUUCUUAUAGCAGUGUUUCCAGACACGCUUGAAAAUAUUUUAUAUUUGUGUGUAUAGCACAGUGAUGCUGGGUCAUCAGUACCCUGUCCUAUUUGGAUUUCACACACAAUUGAAUAAAUAUCCCUUGAACAAAGA